CUAUGAACUUCAGCGUGACUUUAACGAUAUACACAGGGUUAAAAACAACUAUUUCAAAAGCCCCAUUAAUUUGCUGUAUUUUACACAAAUAGACCUUUUUGGAACGAUUUUUUAAAAACAGUAAAUGUUAUUAUGCGGCCCGGAUAUUUUCGUUUAUUAUAAAUAGGCUAUAUAUGUGACAAAUAUAUAGUAGGCUACUGGCUACCACUUUGCUUAUCUUGGCAGUAGAUUGUAAAUUGUGAGUCUAGAAAGUUGUUCAUUCUUCAAAAGAUUAGGCUAUAAUUAUAUUGCGCAAUUCGCAAAGCGCAUGAAAAGUAUCAUUUAAAAGAAAUGAAGGAAAAUAUGAUCAUGUUUUAAUAGAUUCAAUUAAAAAGACAGACAGCGGGCUGAUCUUUGAAGGGAACAAUGUUUACGCUGCUCAGGUCUGCCGAACAUGUCUGGCAUUAGCAGAACGAGUCCGAUUAAAUGUAGUGGGCAGGAGCGCGGGGAGAUCCGUCAUGCGAGUGUAGCUGCGAGGCUGGCGGAGAGCGUGGCUACUGAGAGCUGGAAACUAGUGAAUGGCAAUCUGUCGGGGAACUUCAACGGACCGCUGUCACAAAGCGACACGGGAGCCCUGCGUAAAACAAAGUGGCGCGUCUUCAAGUCUGGGAUUGACCAACUCCGAAAAGAGGACACACAAGUUGGGUCGGACGAGCUGCUAAUCACUUGUUACCGGCACUUGGCUUCCAGUAACAUGCCGGCCAUCAAAAAGGAGAGACUGGAUGGGGACGAUAUGGCAUUGGCUGCCUUCAAUCAGUCCGAAUACCUGGCCCCUUUAAAUGCCACCGCUAUCCCCGUUGUGACCCCUCAUCCACCGCCGUACGACCAUAUUUUCGCCCAUCAUCGUGCGUACUUGGGGCUCCACGACUCGGCGCUGCAUCACCAGCACCUACACCAUCACCCGGACGACUUAAUGUUGGAGAGGUUCUCCUCCAUCCCCGACUUUCAACCGUUUUUUGACAACGGGGAACCAUGCAUCGAAGUGGAGUGUGGAGAGAACAAGGCUUUGCUUUACAUUAACAAACUGUGCCAAGGUAGUAAGGGACCCUCAAUCAAAUACCGGGGCGAGUGGCUCACCCCCAAUGAGUUCCAGUUUGUCAGUGGAAGGGAGACUGCCAAAGAUUGGAAGCGAAGUAUUAGACACAAAGGAAAAAGUUUGAAGACUCUUAUGUCCAAAGGAAUCUUACAGGUACAUCCUCCCAUCUGUGAUUGCCCUGGGUGUCGAAUAUCGUCUCCAGUGAACCGCGGGCGCCUGGCCGAGAAGCGUACCAUCCCCCUGCCGCCCAACCGAGUGCCCAAGAAGGAGCUGGCCUCCAUUUUCAGCAGUGACGAUAGUGAGGGGAGUGACAGGACCAGUGGCGACCAUGCCCACAUCAAGCAGGAAGAUGAGCUGCACUACAGUAUCAUGAGAAAGAGUCGGGACGGUGACCUCUCUACGAUCAUCUCCAACCUGCAUCACACCAGACAGCACGGCAUGCCAGAGGGCCAGCCUGCCACCGACCUCAGCACCAGCACUGGACACACAGAUGACCUUCUAGGCAAGAGAAGAGCCUACUCCCCCAACAGCAGCAGCGAGUGCCCCUCCGACAGCAAGAAGUCCCGCAGCGUGUCCCCCAAAGAAAACUCCCACACCCCCGUGCAGGACGCCGGCGACCACGGUCACAUGACCCCGGAGGAGCACUACAGGCGGGUGAUGUCAGCGCUCAGCGAGCAGGGCUCCUACGAGGAGCAGCAGCAGCGCCUCUACCAGCUGGCCAACAACAUGGGCCUGCCCGGCCAUGAUCUGUUGCGUGUGCGCCAGGAGGCGCUGGCUGCGGCGGUGAGGAACAGCGGGGGCCUGGAGGCCCACCUCCCCUCAGCAGGAAGCUCCUCCAGCCAGAGACGCAAGCAGGGCCUGCCUCAGCACCGCGACGCCCACUACACCGACAGGGAGAUGUCCCACCCUCCACCUCUGCUGUCUCCUCAGAACGCCCCCCACAUAGCCCUGGGACCCCACCUGAGGCCACCCUUUCUGGGCAUGCCCUCCGCCCUUUGCCAAGCUCCUGGCUACGGCUUCCUGCAGCCCGCCCAGGCUGAGAUGUUUGCCCGGCAGCAGGAGAUGCUGAGGAAGCAGAACCUGGCUCGGCUGGAGAUGUCCGCUGAGCUGCUGAGACACAAGGAGCUGGAGAACCUCCACAGGCAGCAACAGCAGCGGCUCCUGGGCUCCGACUCCCUGGCUGGCCUUCCCCCCGGAAUCCCCCCGGACCACCCCGCCCUGCGCUCCCUCCACGACAUCCCCGAGGGACACCCCCUCCGCGAGGAACUCAGCCGACGCUCCAACGCCAUGCUGGUGCUCCGCCACGGCAGCAACGCGCCCCUGCUGGCCCUCAACCACCAGGCCACGCCGAGGGCCGCCACGCCCAAAGACUCCCAGGAACAGAGCUCCGCGUCCGGGCCCAGCUCCAGGAAGGGCAACCGCAAGGGUCCCCAGACGCAGCUCUGCAGCGGGGCCCACCAAGCCGCGGACCACAGAGGGAGUCUCGGAGAAGGGCGAGAGAGGGAAGGCGACACGGAGGGGCAGGAUGAGGAGAUGAAGGACUCUGAUAGUGAGACGGAGGCGGGAGAGGAGAGGCACGAGGGCUCGGGUGCCAAGGCUAGCGACAGACUCCACAGGGACAGAGACGGCUGCCCAGGGAAAGAGGCCGGGGGCAAAGGUGCGUGUGAGGGUGCGAAGGAGGCCGGCGAGGGCUCGGGGCGACUCAGCGCCCCCUGUAGCUCGGUGGGGGCAGAGUCGCCCAGUCAUCACAUCUUCACCCCGGGCCUGGGCAAGAGUGAUGUCAAGUACCACCUGCCACCUGGAGCCUUGCCCCAUCUGCCCGCUCUCCACGGCCAGACACUGCCCUUCGGAUUCCCCUACGCCAACCCCUACUUCCACACUGCAGCAGGCUCUAUGGGAGGCCUGUUCCUGGAUGGAGAGGACUCGUCUACGGCGCCCCCGGUGGAGGACAUCAGCAAGUGGAGCGUGGAGGAGGUGUGUGGUUUCGUUGGCAGCCUGGCUGGAUGCGCUGAGUACACACAGGUGUUCCGGGAGCAGGCCAUUGAUGGAGAGACCCUGCCCCUGCUCACAGAGGAGCACCUGCUCAACACCCUGGGACUGAAGCUGGGGCCUGCCCUCAAGAUCCGCUCCCAGGUGGCGAGGCGAGUUGGCAGGAUCUUCUACAUGACCAGCUUCCCGCUGGCACUCCCCCUGCCACCAUCUGCCCUGCGCCCCCCGGACAGGGACCCCCUGCCGUCAGAGACCCCCCUCGCCCACCGGCCCGCCUCUGCCAGCAGCAGCUCCUCCCCCUACAGCGGCCCCGCCCCUUCUUCACGCUCCUCCCCCAAGCAGGAGAAUGGCAAUGUCUCUGCUUCAGCAGGCUACGAGGCCAAGACCCCCUCGUAGGAUAGACGGGGGCCGGUUGCCCCCUCGAGAGGGGGGCAGGGGGAGGUGGGGAACAACCUCCGCCCUUAUAAACUCUUGAGUGGAAUCUCCUCUCUGAACUUCACCCCUCCAGAACUAUACGCUGAGGCUGAAUAGACGUUUUGAGGAACAAACUAAAAGACAGGAAAAAUGACAAAAUGGACAGAAUCAUGCAUCGCAAUCAACCUCCAGCUCUGCAGCAUUUUCUGGCUGAGCAGAAUCCAAAGACGGUGAAACUGGGUAGGAGGGAGAGAGACAACGGGAGAGAGAGAGAUAGACAACGGGAGAGAGAGAGAGAGAGAGAGACAACGGGAGAGAGAGAGAGAGACAACGGGAGAGAGAGAGAGAGACAACGGGAGAGAGAGAGAAAGCAGACAGCUGGUCUUAGACAGCUUGCCAAAAAAAAAAAAAAAAAAGGAGCGAAGCCCCACAAACACGACAUUCUUUUGAGUCAGACAGACAGACGCUAGCGGAAACCCUUCCUUCCUGGACUGGAGGAAGCCCUCUCUCUCACUCUCCCCGUCUGUCUUUCUGUCUGCUCCCCUACACACUCUGUGGCGCCCACCACUUUAAAAGGAACGCCUCUUCCCUCUUUCCUAUUCCUCUUCUUCUCUCUCCUCCAUCUUCUUCUCCCUCGCAGGCUCUGCAGCUCCUGGGGCUCAGAGGAGCCGUACAUCACAGCUGGAGCAGAAGCAUAUGGCUCAACAGGAACUUCUAACUCUCUCGUUAUUGCAACUAUGCAUUCCACUGUCCAAUACCAAAGAUGAGUGGAUGAGUGGAAUUGGAACGAUAUUUAAUGUUGUUUCUGGUUACAAGUGGUUUUUACAUUGUAGGACGACAUGACUGGUCAAGUGUUCGGUACAUUUGGGGGGGUUGGGGGGACUGGUCUGGUACUUCAAAUGGAGGGAGUGUUAGUUAAAAGGGGGCUCUUUUUAAGGUGACACCGAUACCACACCUCAUGUUUGAUGUUGUACUGGGCUGGUUGUAAGGUUGAUCAUGUGCUCAAACUACAGUGAAAGAUCCAUGGCUUUGGCUCGUCGGACUAACGUCUUUUGAAAUGAUCGUGGUGACUACUGUGGCUGCCGAAAACAGAAAGAAUUGUACAGAAUCACGUUUUAAGAUGAAAAUAUCCCGAAGGUUAUGUACGUGGUACUUUUUUUUUUGUAGAUGCACGAGUAAAAUCUUCUGUUGACUGAACAAAAAUUGACAUGCUAACUUUGUUGGUACUUUUGUUAACAUUUUCUGUUUGACGAUUGUAAAAUUAAGGACAUCCCGAUCUUGAAUGCUACUUCAGCAUAUAAAUGAGGAAAAAUAGUAUUUAUAGGACUUUUGAUGUAGUUAGACAGAUUAUGAUACAGUAUGUAUGGAUCCCAAAGAACCUUUUUCUUUAUUUUCUCUUUGUUGCAGGGAAAGGAAAGGCACAAAGCUCUUAAAUGCAAAUCUUUGAAUUUAUGGAUUUUUUUUUAACUAUGUUGUAAGCAAUGAAUAAAAAUGGUUUAGAUUUCCCAUU